CCUUCCUCUUCGUCUUCUCUCUCCCCAACAACAACACGAUCCGCGUCAAAAUCCCAAACUUCCACCGCUCUAACACCUGCUUCAACCGUCGAAUUGAUCUUCUCCUUCUCCUCCGACUUCGUCAUGAUCGACACCCAUAUCGACUCCAUGCACCGCAUCACCACCGCCGACUCGCUCAUCCCAACCCGCCCGCACACCGCGCUCAGCAACCUCUCCCGCUCCGCCGACAGGAUCACCUUCGGCACCACCGCCUCCAUCGACUCCCUCAACGCGCACACGCGCACCUGCUCCCUCUCCGACGCCACGUGCUCCAACAGCACGUACAUCGGACGCAACAUGUACCAACCCUCCGCCACUCGCCCAAUCUGCCCGCAAACCACCAACAACCACUCCCUGUCCGCCCCGCCCGCUCUCCCCAGCGCCUUCAAACCCCCAACUAUCGAAUCGUUCACCGCGCUGCUCCGCUUCUCCCUCUUCUCCGGCUCCACCAACGUCGCCAGCACCUGCCCCGCCAACCUCCCCAACUCCCCCCUCUCUCCCCCCACCAGCCCCAACAGGCGCUCCACCCACUCCCCACCGCACGCCUCGCGCCCCACCACUCCGUGGCACCUCGCCCGGUACAGCGCCGACAACACCGCCGCGCGAACCAACGCGUCCGCUCCCCCAUCCCACACCAACCAAAAAAACCUCUCCACCCCCCCCUCCGCGAACAUCGACCUCGCCAUCCCCCUCACCGCCUCCACUCGACCCCUCUCCACCGCCACCACCCUGCACUCCCCCCCUCUCCCCGCGUGCCGCCCGCAGCACGCGACCUCAACACCACCAACGCCCCCCCCACUCUCUCGCAAAACGCCCCUCCCAACCCGCAGUAGUACCCGCACGCCGCCUCCAACACCCCCAUCAGGCGUCCAAGGCACGCCGCCUCCAACCCCAAAUCCACACACAACGAACCCGCGCACUCCACAACCACCCAACCUCAGCAACGCGCGCCCGCACCUCCCCCUCGCCGCCUCUCCCAACUCGCGACGCCCCCACGCGCAAAUCACGCUGCGGCACACCUCGCAGGGCACCCCCGACCCGGCGUACGCCUCCAGCACCCCCCCCAACGCCUCCUCCACCUCCCCCCUCGACUCUCCCGGCGCCACUCGCGCCCUCCUGCAGUAUUCGAGCACCCGCUCGAGCAACGCUCCGCGGUACCCCACCGGCACGCGCAACGACCCCUCGAGCACCGCCCCCGCCCCCCUAAUCGCCAGCGACAACGCUCUAUCAGAAUAG